UCAUUGUCAAUUUGUCAUAGAAGCUGCUGUGAUUUAAUAUGGAUCCUACUGGUAUUCAAAGUGAACUUGUAGUAGGUUUAGGUAUGGAUGAGUUGCCAAAUAAAUCUAAUAAUACAUCUGUAAAUGAAAGUGCUGAACAUUGUCAACUUUCAAAUAGGUCUUAUGACCUAAAAGAACUCCUAAGUCUCAUUAAAGAAUCAACUAGCACUGUAAAAGUCAACCCGAUUUUGCUUUCCUGCAGUGGUCUAUCAAAAGGGAGAGCAAUUGCUGCUGAACAUCUUGCUAUUAGAGGUGAUUCAAAAGCUGAAGGUGCAACAGAUCAAUUUCUAGCAGAAUCAAAUUUUGAGCCAGUGUUAUUUUCUGCCUUUAAAGAACUUUUCACAUCACAAAGAGUAAUACCUGAUUUUAAUAAUGCAACACUUAGUACUGCAACUUGCAUUUUUGAUUCACCAGAUCUAAAUGAGCACCUUCAUUUCAUUUAUAAACUCCUGUCUAACAAAGGCUUAACUGGCAGGAGCUCAAUUAAUAUUAUUAAUAUCUGGAGUUUUGCUAUUAAUAGAAUCAUACGUCACUUCUUAGCAUCAAUGCAAGGUCACCUCUACAAUCAUUACAUGUGGCUCUUUCUUGACCUUGAAGAUGAUAUUGACAACCUUGACAAGCCUCCAGAAUUUGCUGAACUCAUGAGCUGGAGGCCUCGUCUUCAUUAUUUGCUUCGUUCUUGUAAGAUUAGUGAGGAUAAAGAGAAGGAGAGAAGGAGAGUUUGUACCAUCUAUGCUAAACACAGUGGCACAAUCGCCAAUGAAAAAUUGCAAGAGAAAGUUCAAAUUUUGGAAGAUAGAAUACAACCAGUUGCAAAGCGCAUUGGAGUAUCUGGACUUCUUCAAGAAAAGAUCGAAAAGAUCCACUCUGAAGACUCCAAUGACAACUCUCUCUCUCAAUACUUUCACCAGAGGUUUCAACUUAUUGUCAAUGAAAAAAAGUAUGACGAAAUUCCAAUUUCAUGGGUUUUCCUUCGCAGUCUAUUUCAUCGCUAUGAGCGGAAAAUCACUAUACCCCGAGAGGAACUCCAGAUAAUGGCAAAGGAGUGUGGUAUGGAUGACAAGUCCUUAAAGGGGUUUUGCAAGUUCUACACUUCCUUUGGUAGCAUAUUUGACCUGAGUCUUAUUGAUCCUAAUUAUCAGCAUGUCAUUUUAAAACCGGUUAGUUUCCUUAAAGCUCUUGAUUGCCUUUUUGAUCCAAGUAGUGAAAAUCUUGAAAAGUAUCCUAUCAUGAGAUUUGGUGUUAUUCCUGAGGUUGUGUGCACGAAGCAAUUUGAUGGGCAUAUGGAUUCUUUCAUGUCGGCACUUGUUGCCCUGAAUUUAGCAGUACGAGUCCAUAAAAUUCAACUGGAGCUGCAAUCUCAUGCUACAAAUAAACAUUUCUAUUAUAUUCCCCUAAGUCGUGAGAAUAAUGCUACAGAAGUCGAUCAAAAGUCAAUACAUGUCCUCACGAGCAUUGACACUCCUCAUAUCUUUAAGCAAGCGACAUUUACAAAAUAUUUCUUAGACCGACGUCCACAAGCAAAACUAGUUCCAACUGAGUAUCGCAACCAAACCAUCAUCAAAGAUACUACUACUGGUACAACUGUCACCUUAACAUCACACAGUCCAGCUACCAAACUGCACUUGGACAAACCAAAUCACGAAGUAUGUUCCUGUAUUGUUCAAGUUUAUAACGACAUCGCAAAAGAAGCUAUAAAGAAUAAUGCUAAAAUAGUUGUCAAUUACAAAUUCAUCAAAAUUUGUGCCAGGACGAACCUUCCAAGUGUCCAAUUAAUUCCGUCAUCUGAUUAUCAUAUAUUACCGAAUGAUAACCCAGAUGAUAGGCUCUGUUCUGAUUGUAAUGAUGCUAAUACUGAAGCUGAUGUUAAGUUAUUACAAGCCUGGAAUAAAGCAUUGCAAGAAUAUCCUAUUGAACGAUUGUGCUGGUCAAGUGGAGAUUUGAAACCAUCAGAUAUAGCUGAAGUAGCAGAAAGGCUUGCCUUAGUUUCCUCUGUCAGCACAGAUGACAUCGCAAUAGCUUUUGAAAUCGAAAUCAAUGGACCAGUUGGUGAGGAUCAAAGGGCUACUAUGAUAGCUUAUAUUCUGUUUUCAUGGCACAUGAGCAAUCGAGAUAUUCAAGAGCCAAGACGGAAUCUGGCCAGAAAGAUAUUUGCAUUAGAAAGUUGUUGUGAAGCUGAGGAAGGGAGGAUUGAUCUCAAGAGAAUAGCCAAGGAUCUGGAUGUAGAGUUACACGAGCUACUUUAAAUCAAUGGUUCCUUUAGAACUCAAGUGCCAAUUUUUGCUGUUUUUACUUGCUGCCAAUAAAACUGUUAACAACCCAUGCUGACAUGUACUAUUGAUUAUCGUUAUCUUGUUAAUAUUGCUACUCUUUCUUACUAUAAGUAGACCCUUGUAUUUCUUUAACUGCUGUUUAAUGUUUUUAAUGCUUUUGUCAAUGCUAAAACCUAUCAAAUUUUGCAACUUUA